UACCCAGACGCAACACAACUCUGCUGUUCUAACCUCAAAGUGGCUAACAAACAAAAGUUGCCUCAACAAUAAAUAUAUAUUUUGUUUUUUCAUUGAAAACAAUUUGUUAAUAAUAACAGUGAACCGAUGAUAAUGUGCACGCGUUUGAAACACUUACAAAUUUAAGCCUACCCAAAGCAUAAAACGUCCAUUUAAAUCAAACAACAGCAGCAGCAGCAGCAGGACCGAGGCAACAUAAAUACAAAUACACAAAAAAAAAAAGAAGACACAAAUAAAUAAAUAAAAAUCUUAAAAAGCAGCAGCAAUUAAAAUAUAUGCAUAAAGCAAGUGUUAAGUGCUGAGCAAUGUAUAAGUUAAUUUCAACUUAUAUUUCGGUUCUUUUGUUGUGCAGCUGAAAUGAAAAAUGCUUUAAAUUACGAUUUUCACUGCAUUCUCUCUGGCCGAGAGCUGCCAGAUGAGUUGCUUGUGACUCUUCCUACUCCUGCCACCACCACAGUGAUUUAAAUAAAUAUACGUCCGAAAUUGAAGCGUGAAUACGGCCAGCCAAGUUUUGACGCACCUUGACACUGCAAGGAAAUGAACUCACAAAGACAACUGCAACUAUCACCUAACGAAAUCAGAGUUCGGGUCCAGCGCUAGAGUGCUGCCAACACACAUAUAAUCACAUUGAACCGGCUAGUGCAACUGCAACUGGAGCUGGAGCUGGAGCUGCCUCUCGUCCUUCGCCUUGUUUAGCAUUUAAUUUGAUCGUUUGUCGUUUGUCGUUUGCCAUUGUCGUGCCUCUCCAACUCUUGUUACAUUCAUUUCGUUGUUUACGUUUAUUGGCACAUUGUUGAACAUUCUUAGCCCAUUUUACUCGUGCAAUUCCCAUUACGGAUCAUAGUUAUAAUAAAUUCUUCGUUGAGCAUUUAAAUCAAAAUGAAAUCUUCCUUGUCGCAUUUGCCAUCGAUAUCACGUCCAGCCGCUACAGCCACAGCAAGAGCUACACUAAUAAUACACCCGUCCAAGCCCACCUCGUUACCACCAUCAAUGCAUUUGCAACGCACGAGGACCACACACUAUCAACCACAUUAGAGGAAAACAAAUGGCAUAAAAGCGAAUUGAAGAAACUGCAGUUUUAAGAAUCCCAAGAUCUCUGUAUCCCACACAAACCUAAUGCAAAUUACACAUGCCUUGUCUAACUGCCUUCCAAAUUCGCUAACGAAAUACAUGCACCAGAAAAGCAUCUUCCAUAUCCCAAAUAUUUUUAAAAUAUCUGGCGUUUGUGAUUUGUUAAAACACGUUUGAUUGUAUUAGCUUAAGCAUAGCACUAGAUAAAAUAUUAUAAAACAUCACAGCAAAAGCCAAGUGUGGAGCAUUGUUGGGCCACAAGAAAAGAGGCAAGAAGCGAGCGAAUUUAGAGUGGCAUGAGCCAUCAAUUGGGACUCCGGAAACAUGGUGAUAAUGAGUGUAGUGGGCCACGACCACCUGUACCCGGAGAAGAGAGCCGUGUUAAAAAGAUGACCGAAGGGGUAAUAGAUACCUCAAAGAACUCACCUCCAUCUUAUCUUAACUGGGCCCGCACGCUAAAUCAUCUGCUUGAGGAUCGCGAUGGGGUGGAGUUGUUCAAGAAGUAUGUUGAAGAGGAGGCGCCCGCCUACAAUGAUCAUCUCAAUUUCUACUUUGCCUGCGAGGGUCUGAAGCAGCAAACAGAUCCCGAGAAGGUUAAGCAAAUCAUCGGAGCCAUAUAUAGAUUCUUGCGCAAAAGCCAACUGUCCAUUUCUGAUGAUUUGCGCGCUCAAAUCAAAGCCAUCAAAUCGAAUGAGAUUCCGCUCAGUCCGCACAUAUAUGAUCCCAUGCAGCAGCAUGUGGAGGCCACCAUACGGGACAAUAUCUAUCCGAGCUUCCUCUGCUCUGAGAUGUACAUACAGUACAUACAGCAUAUGUCCGCAGUGCAGGAGCGUUUCAGCAGCAGCGGCGCCACCGCAACGGGCAGUGCGGGCAGCAGCGGAAGCGGCGGCAGUUGUGGCAGCAACAAUGGCAGCACUGCCGGUGCCUGUGCUCUGCCGACGGCAACUGCCAAGCAGCUGUUGGUCACAGCAGGCGCAGGCGGCAGUGGGCCGAUUCCUCCGGGUGUCUUCAUCAAUUUGCCGAUGAGCAGCGGGGCUCCGUUGCCAGCUGGAACUUGUAGUGCCAGCGGCAGCGUUUACGGGCCAUCAACGUCAGCUAGCUCCAGUGGCUCCAUCAGUGCCACAGACACACUGCCACGCAGCUCUACACUACCCACACUGCAUGAGGAUUCGGUGCUGUCGCUAUGCGAUGAUUUCGAGAAGGUGCAGGUGGAGGGCGGUGGUCGCCAGCAUAUCGAUUUACCUAUGCGUCUCACGCGCGACCUUUUGAUAGCAACUCAGAAAAGAAGACUGGAAAUUAGACCUCCCGGGGAUGGCCGCCCUUACAUAGAACGCAGACACAGCUCGACGGAGAGCAAGGCCAUACGCCAGAGCGCCAUGGCGAAUAAGGAAACGAACAGCUUUCAGGUUAUACCCCGCACGCAACGACUACAUUCAAACGAGCAUAGACCGCUGUCGGAAAAUGAACUGUUGGCCCUGCUGAUACCCAAGCUUGAGGAGGUUAAGCGCAAACGUGAUUUAGAAGAGCGUGCGCGCUUAGAGCGCAUGCCAGGAACUGCAUCCAGUGCCAAUGAUCGUGCAUUCGCUGAGGCGAUACGUGAAAAGUUUGCGCUCGAUGAAGACAACGACCAAGACAUUUUGGACCAGCAUGUGUCGCGUGUGUGGAAAGAUCAAACGCCGCAUCGCUCACCUGGGACUAUGUCACCCUGCCCGCCCAUACCAUCGAGAAGACGCACGGCAACACAUGACUCGGGCAUGGUCAGUGAUGGUGCCAUGAGCCUGAGUGGGCACUCAAUGAAGCACUCAAAAUCCAUGCCCGAUCCCAGUUCCUGCUCUAGGAAGCUAACAAAUAAAUGGCCUUCAAUGAACACAGACAGCGGCAUCAGUAUGUUCUCAGCUGAUACUGUCAUGAAAUACAAAGAUACUAGCUCCCGCUCUGGUUCAAGCACGGCCUCAAAAUUGGAGGAAGCAAAACGAAGACUGGAAGACGAGCCGCGUCGCACUCGUCGAUAUGCCCAACCGCAGCUACAAUCCCAUAUGGUGGCAAUGCAGCAGCAACAGCCCCUAUCUACCUUUAGCAGUAGCAGCAGCGGCAGCAGCACAAUGCAUCAUCAUCAGGCUGUAGCUUGUCCACCGCCGCUGCCCAUUAAACCGCCGGAAACAGUUGUGGUGUUUUCAUUCUGCGAAGAGCCAGUUCCUUACAGAAUCAAAAUACCCGGUACUCAGCCGACCCUGCGCCAAUUCAAGGACUUUCUGCCCAGAAGGGGUCACUUUAGAUUCUUUUUUAAGACGCAUUGUGAAGACCCGGACAGUCCAGUGAUUCAGGAAGAGAUUGUUAAUGACUCCGAUAUACUGCCGUUGUUCGGAGACAAAGCGAUGGGUCUUGUCAAACCAUCCGAUUAAUCUUAAGCAUUAAGUGUAGAUUUUUUAUUAAGCUAAAUUAUGAAUGGGGGGUAAAUAAUGAUUGAUGUAUGUACAAUAUGUAUGGUACAUCUUAGAGAUACAACUCGAGAAGCUAUUCCCAGAAAUCAAAACUUAAAUAGAACUAACUGUACAUUCAAUAGGCUUUUGCAAGCAUCACAAACUAUUGUACGUGGGGUAGGGGCGGGGUGGGGGACUACAACGAUGUUUGGUUAGUGGUAGGUAUGGUAGGUAGGGGGAGUAAUGUGUUUCAUAAUUUCGUCCUGAACAUCUGGAGGUAUUUUUUUAAAUAUACAUAUGCCUAUGAUAAGGAACGAUGAAUUAACACCGAUAAAAUGUUUAAAUUGAUGUAUAUGUAUUUGUUAUAAGUCGAACAACGCGAAUCGUACAUUUACAUAUGUAUUUAUUGUAUUUUGUAUGUUUUACCAUAUAAACUCAACGAAGAUCUGACAUUCAUUUAAACACUAUAUAUCCCGCAUACCAUUUGGUGGCUCUUAAUACACACAAUAGAGAUUAUUUAGCACAGCACAAUAAAAAAAUAAUUGAUUCAAAAAUUGAAACAAAAGAAGAAGUAAAAACAAAAAAAACAUAGCAAGAGAACAGUUCUAUGGGUAUUCCUGAAUUCGGAUUUGUUUGUUACUUUUUACUAACUAUGGACUGCCUGCAAUAAAUUUUGUUAAUAUUUUUAUAAUGUGCAUUUUAUGAUAUGAUGAUAUUAACAAAGUUCUAUUCAACUCGACAAAAAAUCAAAA